GAGAACAAGAGACAUUUGUGAGAUGACUGUUACGUAGUUGCCAUGUGAUCAGCCAGUGAAUGCUCUCGCUAGACCUAGACCUAGGCUUCUUGCGGUUUCUCUGCUAAUAAAGAUCUGAACAUGAGAUUCCACUGUCCUUCAAGUUGAGCAGUGCUCAAAUAGAUACAUGGGCUCCACAGUUUUAUUCGACGGGCUCAGACACUAAAUUCCACUUUCUAAGUUUCAGUUUCAGAAUCGGCUGUUUUAUAGUGAAAGAAAUCCACGGACGCAAUGCAUGGCCGACAAAGUCGAGAUAGAUAGAAGUACCAAGUCCCUCUCUAUAUAAGUUGCUAUCUUACCCAAUAAUGCAUAAUGCGUGUGGCUAUAUUGAAAGAACCAAGUGAGUGAGUAAAUCAAACACUCGACUAUGGACAAAUUGUACUUGUGAAUCGGCAUCUCUGACUACCUGCUUUUGGUCUCCAUAAAGAAGUGUUCAACCACUCGGAGCUAAUAUUAGUCAUGCCUGGCCUCCGAUGACAACCGAGUCUGCUGAAUUUGAAACAGAUAUUUGGCGCCAUGAUGAUUCUCAAAGAAGAUGAGUGAGAGAAAUGGAAAACAGUUUGGGACACCGUGAGACCUCAGGCCCAGUUGCUGCCGAUCCGUUCAUGCAAGUUUUCAUCUGACAGGUCGGGAUGAUCGUACGCUGCCGUCAGAUACUACUCAUCAGUCAAAGCUCUGAUAUACUCGGUGGGAAGAAGGUGAUGUUCUCUUGCGGGUGCCUAGGGGAGGAUGAGUCUGGGCUGAGGAUGCCGAAGGUGCUUCCACGGCUGCCUCCCAUGAGAGCUGAGCACGAAGGGAAGAUGACUCUCGUCUUGGAUUUGGAUGAGACUCUGGUGCACUCGAGCUUAGAUCCGAGCCCCGCUUACGACUACAGCAUCGAGGUGGAGAUGAAAAGCAGAAUGAGACAGACGUUCUUUGUCCUCAAACGCCCCGGCGUGGACGACUUUCUCGCCGCCGUAGCCAGCAAGUUCGAGGUGGUGCUUUUCACGGCCAGCACCAAGGGUUACGCAGAUGCCGUUCUCGACGUGCUUGAUCCCGGCGGCCGCAUUUCUCAUCGGCUUUAUCAGGAUUCCUGCAGUGUGCUAAGGGGCAUCAUAAUCAAGGAUUUGUCCCUCCUCGGGCGCCAAUUGUCGAAGGUUCUCAUCGUUGACAACAAUCCGCAGUCCUACAUGCUUCAGCCCGCCAACGCUGUGCCUAUCAGCUCAUUUCGUGACGACUUACAGGAUCUCGAGCUCGUUGAAGUUUUCCUGGACUUAGAGAUGAUUGCGACCGCAGGAAAUGUUGCAAUCGAUUGACAUCUCUUAGACAUUUAUUAGGGCGAGGAGUAAAGUGUGCCUCCAUGUGGAUACAAAAACUGAUUAUUCAAGAAUCAGUGUCAAUUUUGUUAAAAUUGAUGGUAAAAUUGGUGUAAAGGUGAUCCAUCACCUUUACUUGCCAUGCAUCAGCGGAAUUUACAGCUUGGGUUUGUAGCUGAUCGAAUUUGCCAAAAAUUUGAAACCUCCUCUCUUUACGGAACCCGUCGAUAGACUUCUACUUUUAUGCUCACAGAUGCCCUGGCGGUCGAAACAGGUAUGGAGUUACUGGCGUAAGGCAUUUGCCAUUCGAACAGGAGUUUCAGGAUUGUGUAUAGAGCAUCAACAAGGCCAGUUUCUUUGUAUACAAUAACAAAUACGUGAAUAAAGUCAGCAUAGGAUGCAAUUUUUG